UUUAAAUAUCGUCGCAGCAAGCUCAGCCGGACCAGUCUCAGAGCAGAGGCAACGGGAGGUUCAGGACUUUCAGCUGCAUCUAUAAUAAAAAGGAUCUCGUUUUUUUUAUUCUGACCGAUAUUUUAAUCUUGUUUUAGAAGAUUCACCAAAAAUAUCCUAGGUCUUCAGUUUCAACUUCUGGAUGAAAGACAAUGGAGGAGCAGAGUGCUGGGAAAGCAGCAUCCCAUGAUGAUACAAUUGUUGGUCAGAAGGAAAAUGGUCAUGGAAAAAGGGGGGGAAGACAGAGGCGAGGAGGUUCACAAGGCAACAGGGUGAGAGAGGUCGGAAGAGCACAAAGUGUAGGGACUAUUCCAAGAGUUCCAAACAGACAGAGAGGAGGAGGGAGAGGGGAAAACAGAGGGGGAGGUGCAGAUAGACAGAAGGGUAGAAAUGGUUCGCCAGGUAAAAAAGACAACUGGAGACUGAGAACGGCAGAAACGGGUGCAGGGAGAGGAGGACACAGCGACGACAGAAGAAAAAGCAGGGACGAGAGAAGGAAUGGUGCUGGUCCAACACGUCCACAUUUGGGUUAUAAAAUUCUGGAAGACCUUUGUAAGAAAGAGCCGUCUGUUGUGGCCAUCACGCUCUCCUCAAACCCCGACCUUCAAACACUUCUGAACGAGACACCAAUUAGACCGGACCUGGUCCAACUCCUCUGCCUGGUGUUGAGCAAAGCUUUUACUUCAAGGAUGGACAGAGGCACCCUGCAGCAUCUGGCUGGCGUCAUUAAGGACUCAAAGUUCUUCCACACCAGCCUGCUUCACUACAUUGGCGGGAUGGUGUCACAGUCCAACCCUGACCGCAGAGCGCAAUACCCACAGGUUCUGGAGAACAUCCUAGCCAUUCUCUCAGAGGUUCUCAAUAUCUUUCCUGCAAGCUCUGUCAAUGCAGUGAGCAUGCUACUGACUCUGUUCCAAGCCUCCAUUAACAGCCUGAGGGCAUUGGGUGUGGACAUCCAGCCUGAAAUGGAGGAAAAAGUGGCGACCCUCAAUGAUUUGAUUGGACACCUCCAGCAGAGAUCCAGGGAUGGCACCUUGCGCACGGACAGAGAAACCUAUGCUCUUUUAACUGCUGGUGACAAUCAAGAUGACGAUCAGCAGGAUUUCAGGACCAUACCCCUUUAUCCGACCCCUGAAGAGUUCCACCAGGACCUCAGACCAUUUCUCCGACCCAAUCUCACCUCAAAGCGAUACACAAACACUCAUAUCUACCUUGAUACACACUUCCGUCUGCUCCGAGAGGAUUUUGUGCGACCACUCCGUGAGGGGAUUCAACAGUUACUUCACAGCCAACUGGACAUGGGAAGAACCGGCAAUCCCAUAAAGACGAAGCGCUUCGAUGACAUUCGGGUGUAUUUUGACACACAGCUGGUGGUUCCCAAGUGCACACAGACCGGGCUUGCCUACAUAGUCCAGUUUGACAUCAAACCACUGAAGUUUGUACGCUGGCAGAACUCCAAGAGGCUGCUCUUUGGUUCACUGGUGUGCUUAUCCUGCGAUAAUUUUGAGAGCUUCUUGUUUGCCACGGUGUCAGACCGAGAUCCCAAAUGCCUGGAGAAGGGACAGGUCCAGAUUUCCUUCACAGAGGAAAGCAGAAACAAGUUGGUCGGAAUUCAGAUGAACAGUGUGUUUCUGAUGGUGGAGACCACUGCCUACUUUGAAGCCUAUAGAUAUGUUCUAGAGGGCCUACAGAAGAUGGAUGAGCAAAACCUGCCUUUUCAAAAGUACAUUGUGGAGUGUUCCACAGAUGUGCAACCACCAGCUUACCUUAGAAUAAGGGGACUUUAUGACCUGUCAUCUGUUGCUGAGCCUGAUCACCAAAAAAGCAUGAAGCCCUUUCACAGUCUGAAGCCAGAGGCCUGGCCCGAAAUGGAGAAGCUGGGCCUGGAUGAGUCUCAGAUGAGAGCCUUUCAGCUAGCUCUCACCAAAGAGCUAGCCAUCAUCCAGGGGCCUCCUGGGACUGGAAAAACCUAUGUUGGCUUAAAAAUAGCUAAAGCUCUGUUGACCAAUCAGGGUCUUUGGAAUACCAAAGCUGACCCAGCUCCGAUGCUCGUCGUGUGUUACACCAACCAUGCCCUGGAUCAGUUUCUGGAAGGCAUUCAUAAGUUCCUGAAGCACGGCAUUGUGAGAGUUGGAGGUCGCAGCAGCAGCGAAAUCCUGAAAAAAUUCAAUCUCCGAGAGCUGACCCACUCUGCUGACUUCAGACGAUCACUCCCAUCUCACAUUCGCAUCGCGUUUAAUCAGAUCUACAAGGAGCUUUGCGAGGCUGAAAGAGACAUCCAACACCAGAGCGUGCAGCUGGAAUGCUCUCUGAAAGGCAUUCUGCGUGAACACGUCUUGUCUAGGUUUAUGGCAGAGAGACACUGGCAAAGUCUCAACUCUCCCCCUCGCGAUGAUGGGUUUCCGGUCUGGAAUGACAGGAAGUUCAACAUGAUGAUGGAGUGGUUGGGUUUGGGUGUAGCCAGCAUCCAGCAGAGGGAGGCAGAGAACGCGAGUCCAAAUGAAGAGGAAGCAGUGGAGAGGGAGGAAGACCUAAUCGACAUAGCAGAGGAGGCAGACCUGAUUCAGGCAGAGAGGAUGAUUGACGACAACUGGAUGGUUGGUUUCAGAGCUGGUAACGAUGACAAAAAGAAAAAUGAGGACAACAUCAAACAAAUAGAAAACAAGAUGCUGGCGAUGAACCUGAACAAAGUCCACAUUCAAGCUGAGAAAAGUGAAGAAGGAUGGGAGAUACAACGAGAGCAGAGGAAAAAGAUGAAGAGCAAUAUCAGAAAAGAAUUAGGCAAGAGCUCAGCCAUGACUGAAGCAGAGGAACGUCACAUCUUAGAUGUUUGGAGCCUUGAUCUCCAGGACAGAUGGAGGCUGUACCGGUUGUGGGUAUCACGCUACAGAAUAGACCUUCGUACAAAAGCUCAAGUGUCUGAACAAACCUACCAAAGUGCUGUGGACAGACUGGCUGAUGUUAAACGAAAGGAGAACCUUCAUGUCCUUAAGAAUGCAAUGGUCAUCGGGAUGACGACAACAGGAGCAGCUAAAUUCCGUAACGCUCUGCAGGAACUAUGUCCGCGUGUGGUGAUUGUAGAGGAGGCUGCAGAGGUUCUUGAAGCUCACACCAUCACCACGCUGAGCGAAGCAUGCCAACACCUCAUCCUCAUCGGAGACCACCAGCAGCUGAAACCAAGCGCCACUGUGUAUGACCUUGCCAAGAACUUCCAUCUCGAAAUGUCCAUGUUUGAGAGACUGGUCAAUAUGAAAGUGCCUUUUGUGAGACUCAACUACCAGCAUCGUAUGAGGCCUGAGAUUGCCUGUCUUCUGAGUCCUCACAUCUACUCAGAGCUGGAAAAUCAUCCAUCUGUGUUUGAGUAUGAUAACAUCAAGGGCCUCAGUGCAAAUCUAUUUUUCGUUGAGCACAAGCAGCGGGAAGAAGAGAUCAAAGAUGGAAAAAGCCAUCAGAACAUUCAUGAGGCAGAGUUUGUUGUAGCACUUUGCCGCUACCUUCUGCACCAAGAUUACAAACCAGAAAAAAUUACAAUCCUCACAACCUACACAGGCCAACUCUUCUGUCUCCGCAAGCUAAUGCCUUCCAGCGAGUUUGCAGGGGUCAAAGUACACGUAGUCGACAAGUAUCAGGGUGAAGAGAAUGACAUUGUUUUGUUGUCUCUUGUACGUAGCAAUCUGCAGGGCAAAGUUGGGUUCUUGAGCAUUCCCAAUCGUGUCUGUGUUGCCUUGUCACGAGCCAAAAAAGGCCUGUACUGUAUCUGCAACAGUGAGAUCUUGAGCAGUGUCCAACUGUGGAGCAACAUCUUCCACACUUUAAGAGAAAAAGACCAGGUUGGGAAAGCAUUGACCCUGUGUUGUCAGAAUCACCCAGAUCGCCAGGCAAAGGCUUCCUGCGCUGAGGAUUUUAAACAGGCACCCGAAGGGGGCUGUACCCAGCCGUGUCAGUUUCGUUUGGAUUGCGGCCAUGUUUGUCCCAGAGUUUGUCACCCGUCCGAUCCAGAACACAAGAAGGUUAAGUGUAGGAAGAACUGUGAGAAGAUUUUAUGCAAAGAAGGACACAAGUGCACACGUUUGUGCUAUGAAGAUUGUCCAGAAUGUCGUGUGAAGGUUGAGAAGGUGGUACCUCAGUGCAAACACCUACAAAUGGUCCCUUGCUUCCAGAAUCCUCAGACCUUUAUCUGCCAGGAGCCUUGCCAGAAGCUGCUUGAAUGUGGACAUCCAUGUGACUCUGUCUGUGGAGAACCAUGCACCAGGAAGUGCAUUGUGAAAGUCAUUUUAAAACUGAAGUGUGGACACAGCCAAAACGGUUCUUGCCAUUACAAUGCAGGUAAAUAUCAACCUGAGUGUAAAACAAAAUGUAAGCACCAGCUGAAAUGUGGCCAUUAUUGUAGCGGUACCUGUGGCAAGUGUUACCAGGGACGUUUCCAUAGUCCCUGCACCUACCGAUGUGAGCGUCUUCUGGUCUGCUCUCACAAAUGCAUGGAACCUUGUACUCGCAAUUGCCCUCCCUGCCAGAGGCCUUGUGAGAACUGCUGCAAGCACAGUAACUGUAUGAAAACGUGUGGGGAACCCUGUGCACCUUGUGUUGAGCCUUGUGAGUGGCAAUGCCCUCACCAAAGCUGCAGUAAACUAUGCCAUGAGCCAUGUGAUCGUCCUCCAUGCAAUGAGCCUUGUGAGAAGACCUUGGAGUGUGGCCACCCAUGCAUUGGUCUUUGUGGAGACAAAUGUCCAAGCAAAUGCCGCAUCUGCAAUGAAGGCGAGGUCACAGAGAUUUUCUUUGGCACUGAAGAUGACCCAGAGGCUCGCUUUAUUCAGCUGGAGGACUGUAUACAUUUCAUUGAAUCUACAGCCAUGGACCACUACAUGAGAUUGGAUGACAACAGAGAAGGUGAGGUGGCAGUAAAACUAAAGGAAUGUCCCAAGUGUAAAACUCCAAUACGCAAGAACCUACGCUAUGGAUCACACAUCAACCGGAGCCUGGCUGAGAUAGAGAUGGUGAAGAAGAAGAUACAAGAGCAGCAGCCUGACAUUAACAAAAUAAGGCUCACUCUUCAGAAUGAGUGGCAGGCAAAUUUUUCUAUUUGUGUGGAAUAUGUGGAAAAAGAGUACAUGGGAAUCGAAGGCAAACUAAAUAAAACUUACCUCACAACAAAUGAUCUCAGAAUCUUGGAAAACGAGAUUUAUUUCCUGACAAAAGUUGCAAAGCUCCUAAAAGCAGAACAGGAAAGCAUGCCAUUCUUCGAUGACAAGUUUCGCCAGCGUGUCACACAGUUCAUGAGCUGGCUCAGUGGCGUUAGCCAAAAAUUCACAGAUCAACAAGUCUUUAAUUUGCAGAGAGAACUACAGAGACUUACCCUUCUGGCUGAUCUCAAUGUGCGUUGCCAAACGGCAGACAAGAUGGGGAAGUUGGACAAAAUGCAAACAGAGGUACAAGAAAUAAGACACGUCUUGGAAAUAUCAGACCAGUUCACUGAGCAAGAUCAACGGAUUGUGGAAGACGCAAUGAAGAGCCUGAAUGAGAAGUUUCCACUCACAGGCUUGGGGAUAGAUGAAGAUGAGAGAAAGAUGAUUGUCUCAGCCAUGAAAAUGCCACUAGGACACUGGCACAAAUGUCCUAAUGGUCAUGUUUACGUCAUCACAGAGUGUGGGGGGGCAAUGCAAAGACGAGCUUGCCCUGAUUGUAAAGCGACCAUCGGUGGUGAAAACCACAGGCUGGACAGUGGCAACCAGGUCGCCACAGAAAUGGAUGGAGCGCAGCAUUCUGCCUGGUCCGAAGGAAAUAACCUUCAAAACUUCGGAGACCUUGGUUUCUAAAAAGGCCCAUCGAGGUUUGUAGUUAAGUGAUUGAGGGCAAACACCCGUGAGUUCCACCAGGUUGUGGUCAUACUUCAACAAACUAUUUCAUCAAAGUUAAAAAAGUUGUACAAUGUUUCUUAAAUGCAAUCUGUUCAAAGAAGAGUAAUGUUAAAAGAAAUAACAGACUAGUUUACCAUGAGACUAUUCUUUCAUUCAACAAGUUUCUGAAAUCUGACUCAAUUUACCAUCCAACCAUUUAUAUGGUCAUUUUGUUUUGCUUCAACUUUGUUAAGAAUGUACAUGUGUACGUUGUAGUUUUGAAAGUCAUCACAAAAAGUUUUCAGAUGAUCUAAGUUUCCUUAAAAGAAAUGGAUUAUAGAUGGUGAUCUUAGCAGUCUCAUAUAUGUUGACUGUGAUAGGUUUAAGAGACCAGUUGUCUCCAACAAUAGGUGGCAGUAAAGCACUGUAAUUAACCACAAUGCAUUAUGCCAUUUGCAGGCUUGCUUGUUCAUGUGAAAUAAAAAAAAAUCAUUUAAAAA